GCCUGUGGAAGGCUGCCUGCCGGUGGAAGGUCAGAGAAAGGACGACAGCUGGGGGCCAGCGGCAGUCAGGCAGAACGGAGCUGUCCUUGAGCCUUGAAGAGCCGGCUGAAAGGACGGCAUUUCGGAAGGAGAGUGAGGAGGCAACGGCCGACAGGAGCAAAGGCUCGGAGCUGUGCGCACAGCCCAGCUUCACCAUGGUGGACGCCUUCGUGGGUACCUGGAAGUUAGUGGACAGCAAGAAUUUCGAUGACUACAUGAAGUCACUCGGUGUCGGUUUUGCUACCAGGCAGGUGGCCAAUAUGACCAAACCUACCACAAUCAUUGAAGUGAAUGGGGACACAGUCAUCAUAAAAACACAAAGCACCUUCAAGAACACAGAGAUCAGCUUCAAGCUGGGAGUCGAGUUCGAUGAGACCACGGCAGAUGACAGGAAGGUCAAGUCCAUCGUGACACUGGAUGGCGGCAAACUUGUCCACGUGCAAAAGUGGAAUGGACAAGAGACAUCACUUGUGCGGGAAAUAGUUGACGGGAAACUCAUUCUGACACUCACCCAUGGCAGUGCGGUCUGCACUCGUACUUACGAGAAAGAGGCAUGACCUGCCCUCUCCUUCCACUGACUGCUCUUCUGCCAGUUGGCUACUCCUGGACUCGGCACCAGAUUGCCUCAUUUUUCUCCUCUGGCAUUUUGUAUAAAUCUACCUUGACUGGGGAAAUUCUCCUGGGGUCAGGUGGCACCAGCCUGGAUCCAGUUCCGUUCUCAUUGUGUCUGUUUGUUUUUUUAACUGCAUCCAAAGGGUGCUCUGAGGUCAAUAAAGCAAAGCCAAGGCCACCCAGUUGCCUUUCUGCCUUUGGUGACAUGA